AUGGUUCUACCGGUCCUGAAGUUGUACGCCUGGGAGCCCUCAUUCAUCCGGGAAGUUGAUUCCAUCCGCAAAGAUGAGCUCUCGCAUCUUCGCAAAUACCUCUGCUUGGAUUGUAGCAUCGCGUUUGUCUUUGUCUGCGCCCCUACACUGGUUGCCCUGGCUUCCUUCGUAGUCUACAUACUCUCGUCGCCGGACAACGUGUUCAACGCAGAAAAGGCCUUCGUGUCGCUCUCACUGCUCAACAUUCUACGCUUCCCGCUCUUCAUGUUUCCAACCAUCCUCUCCAGUCUCGUUCAGGUGGGCGUGCGUGCCUACACGGUCAGGGUGAGUGAAGACCGUCAUUUUAUGUUUCUUUUUCUAAUCAAGGCCUACGUAUCGGUGCGGCGUUUGACCAAGUUCCUUCUCAACUCUGAACUCGACCCGUCGACGGUGAGCCAUGAGGAGACACCGGGAGUUGCAGCAGUCAUUGAAAAUGGCACCCUUUCCUGGGCACCAGAUGUGGAGCCAGCUAUUCAAGAUGUCACCAUCAACUUCGUGGAAGGCCAGUCGACGGCUAUCGUUGGUCGCGUGGGAGCUGGCAAGUCCAGCCUUUUGAAUGCUCUUCUGGGAAACAUGGAAUUAAUCUCUGGUCGCGUCAACAUCAAGGGCAGCUUGGCACUGGUGUCGCAGCAGGCGUGGAUAUUCAAUGGCACACUGAGAGACAACAUCCUCUUCCACAAACCCUACGACGCCGAGCGCUACGCCAAAAUAAUCAAGGCCUGUGCCCUCGAGGCGGACAUCAAAAUCCUGUCCGACGGUGACCUGACCGAUAUCGGUGACAAGGGCGUCAAUUUGUCUGGAGGCCAGAAGCAACGCAUCAGGUAG